CUCAAACUGACCUCACUGUCGGCCGCUAAUCCCACCUCAAGACACCGCCACACCACCACUCACUCCGAGUCACUCGCCCGCCAGUUCAUCUUGAGGCGUGGUGGAGGGAGGUCGUACUGCUCGCAGACUCCCAUUUUCCUGGCUGGUGGAUGCUGUGUCUCGUGGUGUAUAGUGUUGUAGGGGAGACUGGCCAGUCACAAACAUGAAGUUCACUUACUGAACGUCUCUCUAAUUUCACGUGGAUGUGUCGUCUGAAAACCAAUCGUAAAUGGAUAACUUGAGUGAGGAUAUAUGACUGCUUGGUGUCAGUGUCAACCUCGUGGAAGGCAUGAGACAGUCGUAGUGUUGGUGGGCGGGGAGUGUUGUGUUGUGAGUGAGUAGCUGUGGGGCAGGGGCAAAGGGUUCAAACCUUCAGAGCCUUGAACAUCACACACCAACGCUGAAGGAGACCCACACUACCACGGGGCUCACGUGAGGCGGGCGGUCACUAGCACAGUCACCAAGAUGAGACUCCGCCCCGUGCUCUUGUGACGCCCCGCCCACCAAACUGCCACCCCGCCGACCCAGGCGAGGGCGGCGCCCACGGUAUGGUGAAGCGGUGCCAGCGCCCACGCCCACGCCUACGCCUCUGAUGACCCCAGGCCCCCGGGACGGCUCUAUGCUCAAACACAUGCUGACUGUGGCUGGACGACAGGCACACGGGGGCGGGGCGGCCAGGGGGAACACCCAUGCCACCGACACACUGGAGGGCCGGCGCUCCCUCGGGGGCGGGGCCACGCAGGGACCGAGCGGGGCCACUCUACCUGGCCUCCACCACCACCACCACCUCCACCUCCCCGCCCAGCAGCACCACCACCCCAUCUCCCCGGGCACCCUCAGUGUGAAGGUGAACGGCGCGGCGGGCGGGCGCCACCACCCCGCGCUCAACAUGAGCUCUCUCUCCUCCUCGAAACACUCAGUGGGCGGCAACUCAGGGUCAGGCAGCCCGGGCACCACCACAGUGACGCGCACCACGGGGCUAGACCAGUCUCGUGACCACUCCCACCUCACAGACCUCUCCCAUAUCUCCCACCUCUCGCCCAUCCCGCUCGCAGACCUCUCCAAAGGCACCAUCGGCAGCAAGAGGUCCGCGGGGCUCAUCCCUCGCUUCAUCACCCUCACCAAGUCGACGGGAUCCCGGGAGGCCCUCACUUCCUUGGGGCUCCUGUGUCUCACCUCCCUCCUGCUGGCGCUGCUGGCACUAACCUUCCUGGUGGAGCUCACGCCCCUCGCCCACGACGCGGACAGUGUGCAGGAGGUCACACUCGCCCUCGCCGCCCUCACAUUAUCACUCGACCUCAGCUGUCUUCUAAUAUGUGCCGCUCAGUUCAUCUUCGCCAUCAAGCUCGCCAAAUCUCCCAACGGCGAGGAAAGGAUGAGCAAGUACCUGCGGCAGUCCUCAGUGUCCCGGGUAUGUGCUGUAGGCGGCUUCUUCAUCUCUGUGCCUGUAUUUCUCACAGGUGUAAUUCUCUACACAUUCAUCCAUUUCCAAUCAACACCAGCCAUCCUGACCUCAGUAUUCAUUGGCGUGGGCAUCAUUUUCUGUGGGUGUGCCAUGAUUCACAAUGUUUUUAUCUGGCAGAAGGAAAAAUCAAAAGCAGUGGCACAGCAGAACAUCCAGCAAGCAGUAAGCCAAGAGGGUCGACUUCGGGAGCUUAAUGCAUCACCUCUUCCUAAUGCUACACUCGAUCUCUCAGGCACCACACCACCACACGAGUUGUCAACGCUCGUCUAAUAAUGCUGUAUGAAUUUCUCUUUGUGGAAUUCUGUUCACAAGGUACAAAUAACUUUACUGAUCAAUCAAGCAAAAGAAGAUGGCAACGUUAUGGUUGUCAUACAGUGAGUUUGUUUACUUAGUGCGCAGGUAAACAUGGAAAUAAUCACAAAACUAUAUGAAGAGUAAAAUCCAAUAACAGUGUUCAUAUUAUCCAAAGAAAGAUUUCUCUUUCAAUAGACAUACAGGAGUGCUCAACAGUUUGUAGCCAGUGCAACUAUAUUAUACUGUAGACAUAAAGAAAGGCAAUUAUUGCAUUAUAACAAGAUUCUCCAGUUGUUCACAGCAUGAUCUGUUGGCUCUCCACACUAUGAAAAAGUGCCUUGGAAGCAGCUACACCGUCUCACUGUGACAGUAUGUGAAAAGACUAAACAACUGUGUUGUGAACACUCCUUUGUAACAGAUUUUUUUUCUCUGGAGAAAGGAAAAAACAAACUCAAAGUGGAGUGUUUCAAUAAGCCUAUGUGAUGCUAUGACAUAGAAUUACCACUUAUAGCUCUGAGAGUGAGUUAUCAACACCAAAGUUUUUGCAUUUGUAACUGCCAGUUAUUCAUAUCAUUGUAGCUCUUUCAUGAGGGAAGGAAAAUGCCCAAAGUAUGUACGAGUAUUCAUUGUUCUGAUUGAGCAGCUGGUAUCACAGAUCUCACGUAUUCCCAUAGAUUCACAUUUGACCACCAAGGAAAUAAUGAAGGGACAAUCUCCUGUACCAACUACCUGAUUCUCCUGAGUUGUAUUCAGGGGACAAAAUCUGUCUAGAGAGUUCAUUCCCAAAAUCCUAUACAAUACUACAACUACUUGAGGAAAUAUUUUUGUGUCAAUCUUGCCCAAUGUUCACUUUUUUAAUGUGUAUAAUGUAUGUAUGUGUGAAUAUGUACAUACUUUUAUGUAUUUAAUGAAAAAGAUGGAGAGUAACACAAAAAUAUGGAAGAUUAUAUUUUGUAUAAGCAUGUUUGGAGAAAAUUGCUUUAGUGCUAUUGUCUUUCCUGAAUUUUUCUCAGAUUCAGCAAAAGGAGGAAACUUCUGUAUUACAUUACAUAUUUAUUCAAAAUUUUAAUAUCAUUGUAUAUACACACUGGCCAGUACACUCAAAAUUGGCCUUUGCCAAAUAAUACUUAUUUAGAAACUUGUGUAUUAGUAUGUACAGUGUAAUUUUUUUCUUCACAAGACAAGUUUGUGGACAGUACAGAUACCAGUACCUCUUCUUGUGCAGCAUCAGGUUCAUAUUAUAUGUUUUGUCAAUCUUUCUACCUUAUGCAGCACCUCAGAACUCUCUUAGUACCUGAUGAUGAGGAAAAUGCUCACUGCAAAAGUAUAUUCUACUAUAUUUGGUAUUCUUCAGGCAUUAAAUUGAAGUACAAACUUAAAUAUCUUAAAUCCCCCUAAUGACUUUCCAGAGAGGAAUAAAUCCUUCCCUUCUUUAUAAAUGUAUCAUUUGUAUGAAGACUUUAGCAUUUAUUGUUAGUUUUAUAUGAAUACUGUAUAUAAUUUUAUAUGCAUAUUUAUGAAAAUGUAAAUAUUUAUUCCA